AUUGUGUCCAUGUGUCAUAUCCACACCACAGAGCUACAGUCCACACGGGCCCGGGACCACAGACAGUAGAGAAUAAAAUAAAUAAAUAACUAGUAGUGUCAUGUUAAUGUCAGGUAGUGGUCGCUUGUUUCUUUAAUUUUAAAAGUCUAAAAUACUAUAGUAAUUCCUUUAUUUAUUAUUUAUCAAUAGAAGGAAGUUGUUUGUUGAUUUGUAAUGAAAUAUACGUUUCUUAUUUUGUAAAGAACUUAAAACAUUUUGAUACGAUUGAAAUUUGAAUCAAUGCAAGUGAUCGACCGCUAGCUAAGCGCGAGCCGAGGGUGAUUUCUGAAAACCGGCAGUGAAUACUUGUGUGCAUUGCUUUUUGUUUUAUUUUAAUUCCAUCGCAAUCAAAGUGCCGAUGGCGUCGUCGUGAGUGUAUGUGAUCGGCGAUAUUUACUGACCGGAUUUUUACGGACGUCGAUGGAUAUUUAGGAGUUGCUUAUCGGUGCGGCCGCUUCAAGAUGAUGGUGGAAACCAUCCUUGAGUCCUCUCAGGACUUUGGCAUGUCGAACGGUCCCCUCCCGCAGUGGAAGCGCGAGCUGCUGCAGCGGCGCGCGGCGCGGUCGCGGCCCGCCGGCCCGCCGCCCGCGCCGCCACCGCCGCCCCCGCCGCUGCCCGCCGACGACGACGAGGAGCUGCGCUACGGGCCCGGCAUCGUCAAGCGCCUCAAGUCGCGCUACCUCAGCCUGGCGCUGCGCGAGGCGCCGCGCCGCCGCCCGUCCGUGCUGCGCCGCGCCACAUCGCUCGAGCACCUGCUGGACGAGCGGCCGCCGCCCGCGCCGCGCCCGCACUCGCGCCCCGCGCGCCCCGCCUCGCUCGCGGCGCCGCCGCACGCCGCGCUCGCCGCCGGCGCGCCCCUGCGCCGCGACUCCGUCAAGCGCGCUCGCUCGGUCGACGCUCUGAGCAGGUUGGACGCGCGCGAUGAACCUGUCCCACCGCCACCGCAACCGCGGCCGCGCGCCCUGGUCCAGGACCGGUCUCCGACCCAGCCUCCUCCGAGCCAACCUCCCCCGCCGCCGCCCUCGCCGCCUCCCCCGCUGCCGCGCUCGGCCCGGCCGCCCCGCCGCCCCGCUCCACUUCUGCGGGACACGGAGAGGCCGCCCCCGGACGUGGUGCGCUCGACGUUACGAAAGUUUGAAUCGGCCCCACCGCGCCGCCCCGCUCCAGCGGCUCGCGUUUCGGCAGUCUUGCGAGGCCUGGAAGCUCUACCGAGAAGCUCGACGCCCGAACCUCGCGGUCGAUCGCCCAGUCCAGCCGCCGCGGACAUAUCGGCUAUCGACGAGCCGGAAGGAGCGAUGAUGUCGACUGAAAUUAAACAGGUCUCCAAAGCGGCCUUGGACGGCAUAGCGCGCGCCGGCUCGACCGUGCGCUACUCCUUCGAGGCGCCGAAACGCGGAUCUCACCUUCCCCCGCUGGCCGCGACCAACCCGGUCCUCCUGAACCGCGUGCGCGUGUCUGCCUCGCCGCGCCGCGUGGGCGUCAUCAAACCGAUGCCGGCGCCCUCGCUGGACUGCUCCUCGCCGCCCCCGGAGCAGGCGCCGGACGUCACUGAUGACACGCCCCGGCUCGAAACGCCGCCGCCUGACGUCACGGAGACUUCCAUAACGAUGCGACCGGAGAGAAAAGAACCGCCCCCGUCGGCCGUCGUCGAACCUAUACCGAGACCGCCACCAGAAGAGGACGAGACGUCGAGAGAUCAAUCGAGCGCGUCGCGCGAGCCCACCCCGGAAAUCGAUCUCAAGUCGGAGCCGCGCGUCGAAAGCCCCAAACCGAUCGCGAAGAAGCCCGUCAUCAACGGGCACGUGGAAAAAGUUGAAUCGAAAGUGAAGAGCCUGAAGGCGGCCGGCAUCGAGCGCGCCUGGACCGGCGCGGGAGACAAGUGCGCGAGUGACAAGCGCGAGAACGGUGAAGUGCGCAGUGCAGUGUCAGUGGGUGCGAGUGUGGCUAGUGCUGUGGGAGUGGGUGGUGCUGUGGGAGUGGGUGGUGCUGUGGGAGUGGGUGUGGGCGCGCGCAAGCUGCGGCCGCCCGCGCCCGCCGCCACGUCCGUCGUGUUCAACUUCUCCAACCGCAAGGAGGUGCCCGACUACAUCGAGAACGACGGCAUCGUGCUGCGGGCCAACCGCCGCAACAGGUUUAAGGCAGGCGAGCCGGGCGUGGUGGUGCUCCGCCCCGAGGCGCUCGCGCCGGACUCGGAGUCGGAGGGCGAGGACGAGGGCCGGCCGCCGUCGCCGUGCAGCGUGCGCUUCGUCAACGACAACGUGCUCAUCAACGGCCGCUCCUCCAUGCUCGCGCGCACGCCGCAGCACAAGCAGCGCGCCGCCAAGUUAAAACUCCAAUUCGACGACUCACUGACGCGCACCUUCGAGUAUCCCUCAGAGACGUCCAUAUGCGAGGAGUCCCCGAGCCGACCGGACGCUGCCCCCAACGGCUUUGCCUUCAACAGCUCUAUGCUCAACGGAUCUGCUUCUAACUGCUCUGCCUCUAAUGACUCUGCUUGUAACGACUCUGCCCUGAACGGUUCUGCCCUCAAUGGAACUGCCCCAGAUUUGCCGGGCUCCGCUCCGCCCGGUCAACACAUAGCAACGCUUGCAGCCAAUACGCAUCUGGGUGAGUAUUGUCAAAACUGACUUAUUUUGACAAUUAAUUAGUCAUGCAGUUUACUUUAGAUAAGAGAUUGUUGACAUUUCU